AUGGCAGACCAAACACAAAAGCAAACACAUGGCGCUCUUGGUGACGUCAAGUCCGCACUCCAAGGCAUCAAGGGUGCUGGGGAUACUAUCCGGGGUACCUUCAAUGAAUCCGUCGACACCGCUUUCCAUGAAAGAGAGGGGGAGGCCAAGAACAAAGCAAUAAAAGAGAAAGGCGUGGCCGCGAUGGAACAGACAGACGCCCACUUCAACAAGCAUAAAGGCGUUGGAUCGACAACAGCCACAACUCACCCGUCGAGUGGAACCACAACCAGAGUGACAGGAGGCCUCGCGCGCAAUACUCAGCUCCCUGAUGGCACAUCAACAGGUGCAGGUGCACAUUCAGGAAGCGUUGGAAACAUGGAAAGUCACAUGCCUCAGAAUGGACUGGGCGGAGAACCCGCGGGAUCCACAGGAAGAUUCUGA